CAGUUGUUUGUCAGAUAUGUUUCUCGUCAAGUCAUUCUGCUCUUGCAUGUCCCAGAUUUGUUGGUUCUUCUACUCCGACGCUAGCUGCUCUUCCUUCGGGCGAAACAAAUGCGUCUGUGUAGUAUCCAGACUCGGGUGCCUCCGCUCAUAUGACUCCUCAUGAAGAUGGAGAACUACUCACUGACGCUAUUGAGUACCGCAGUAUGGGUACUACGAAUCAUGGUUUAUGGCUCCAGGCAAAUCAUGAUAUUUCUCUUAUUCUUGCCUACUGUGAUGCUGAUUGGGCCAGUUGUUCAGAUAGCAGUCGCUCAACUACCAGUUAUGCCAUUUUUCUAGGGCCCAAUCUUGUUUCGUGGAGGUCUAAAAAGCAGCCUACAGUCUCUAAAUCCUCUAUUGAAGCAGAGUAUAGAGCUAUAACAUAUACAGUUCAGGAUACUAUCUUCAUUCGGUCACUGCUAGCCGAGAUGGAGGUUUGGCUCUCUACUCCUGUUCAGCUUCACUGUGAUAAUGUGUCUGCCUCUUAUCUUGUUGUUAAUCCCAUUCAACAUGAUCGCAGCAAGCACAUCAAGAUUGAUUAUCAUUUUGUCAGAGAACGUGUUGCUCAUGGAGACCUUGUUGACAAAAUAUGUUCUCACACAAUUGCAGUUAGCUGAUAUUUUUACAAAUAAUUUAUCUAGUCAGCGUUUUGAUAUUUUACGUUCCAAUCGUGUAUAUUUGAACGUAAACCAUGAGGAUGAUAUCCAAACAUGCACAUAUUGAGGGGGUGUAAUAAUCUAUGGUAUUAGGCCAUAUUUGUAGUUUCCAUAUUCUUUAUUACUCUCUCCGUCCCUAAAUGUUGUUCCAAUUGCGGAUUACGAAGGUUGACCGACGAUAAAGUUAAAUGAUCCCUGUGAAAACUCGGAUUAUUUUUAGUAAAUAAAAUUUACAUAUUCAGAAACUACAUUAAACCCGCUACAAAGCCUGCAAAAAAUAAUUCAAUUUUUAUAUAAUUUUGAUAUAAAAAGUAAGAGUUUAAGAGUGAUUUAAGUUGACCCUCGAUAAGCGAAAUGGAACUUCUUUUAGGGACGGAGGGAGUAUUAUAUAUACACGAUCAGGACAUAGCUUGGAGAUUUUGGGCAUACUUAUUAUAUUCAGUUAAAGGGGUUGUUUUGAAAUCGGCGGAUCAGCCGUUCAUAACGGUGG